UCCGCAGAACACACACCCUACUCCGAGAUGAAGCUGUUCAUCGUUGCUGCUGUCCUGGCCGUUGCUGCCGCUGACAGGCAGCCUGCUCCACCUUCGUACUCUGCCCCUGCUCGGCCCUCGUACUCUGCCCCUGCUCCGCCCUCGUACUCUGCCCCUGCCCAGCCCUCGUACUCUGCCCCUGCUGCCCCCAAGUACGCCCCCAAGGUGAUCGAGAUCCUGAGUCAGGAGUUCGACCUGCGUGACGACCAGUCUUACGACGCCAGCUACCGGACAGAGAAUGGCAUCUACGCCUCCGAGUCGGGCCAGGCCGUGGCUGGCUACGGAGAUGAGCAGAGCUACGCCGUCCAGGGCCAGUACAGCUACACCGGCGACGACGGUGUCAGCUACACCGUGUCGUAUGUGGCCGACGCCAACGGCUUCCAGCCGCAGGGUGACCACCUGCCGACCCCCGUGCCCACCGAGUACCCGACCCCGGAGGUGCCAGCGACCCAGGCCAGCUACCAGGCUGCCCCUGCCCCCAGGUACCAGGCUGCCCCUGCCCCCAGCUAUCAGCCCGCCCCCGCACCCCAGUACCAGGCCAGAUAUCAGUGAUUAUAAGUCAAGUCCUUUCUGUCCAUCGUUGGGAUAAGAGCAGUGUACACCGACUACGCUUAUAUGUUUGUCUAUUUAUUGUGAUGUAUGGAAUGGGUGUAAUAUUGCGUUGUAUAUAUUGCGUUGCGUGACCGUUUCGUUUCAAUACAUGUGCAUUUCCCAAGAAGUACCUCAUGUUUGUUGGAGAUGAAAGCCACA